UUAAGUUCAACUCAUGCUGGGAGCCUGCACUCGCUAGCACUGCACUGGGAGCCAGACACCGCGGACUAUACAAGAGUGAAAAGUGCCUUGAGUAAGUUCGCGAAGCCAUUGGAAUCACAUCUGCCACUCGUACUAGAAACAGAAAAUGCUGUAAAAUCUCUGCAGAGCUCUGGGCUGGAAGAAUGCUGCAGGAUGGAUUUUGAUAAGCCAUCAUAAACGGAUCUUCUCUGGACAAUGCCUGGCACCAACAUUAGUUCUACAGAAUCCACCAGCAAUGGAACCAGCGAUGCGUGUACCAAAUACCCAGUUUCAGUCAGCUUCCCAAUUAUAUUCAUGACUAUCGGGAUUCUGUCCAACAGCAUUGCCCUUGUGAUUCUGGUGAAGGCCUACAAAAGAUUUAGGCAAAAAUGGAGAGCUUCAUUCCUGCUGUUUGCCAGUGGACUAGUCUUCACAGAUUGCUUGGGACAUCUCAUCAAUGGGGCACUAACAGUCAGAGUGUAUGCACUGGAGAAGGACUGGCAGUACCUUGACCCCAGUGGGUACCUCUGUUCGAUUUUAGGGACCUGCAUGGUUUUCUUUGGUCUCUCUGCGUUGUUCCUGGGCAGUGUCAUGGCAGUCGAGCGGUGCCUGGGCAUCACGCAUCCUUUUCUUCACUCUACCAGGAUGACAGCUCGAUGCACCAAGUUUAUCCUGGGCUUCACGUGGUUGUUCGCACUAUGCAUCGCGCUGCUGCCCAACCUACACGUUGGAGAAUAUACAGUUCAGUGCACCCAGACCUGGUGCUUUAUAAAAACACAGAACGUUACCUUUGGGAAAGACAGUGGCAUUCUCCUCCUGUUCUCCGCACUGGGGUUGAGCGCCCUUGGCAUUUCCCUGCUAUGCAAUACGAUUAGUGGCAUAGCCUUGAUGAGAGCACGAGUCAAGAGCAAACCCCACAGGAAAGGGAAGUCUCAGCACGUGGAGAUGUUGGUACAGCUGGUGACCAUCAUGUGCGUCUCCUGCAUCUGUUGGGGUCCGUUCUUGGUAACCAUGGCGAUGAUAGGCAGUUUAUAUGCGGGCCCUCAAUCCGUCACAUCACUUCUCCUGGGCGUUCGGAUGGCAGCUUGGAAUCAGAUCUUGGAUCCCUGGGUUUACAUCCUGCUUCGGAAAGCAGUUCUGAGGAGGGUGUGCAAGGUGGUGCAGCUGUGCUUGGGAAAGCAAGACAUCCAGUUGCACAGGUGGGACUGCAGCUCCUUCGAAGCCUCCAUUAAGAUAGCCGCAAUGGAAAGUUCACUGACCACUGCAAGAAAACAGUCACAGAUAUCCCGAGCAAACCAAUGAUGCUGAUUGGUUUAUGCUUGAGUUGUAUCAAGGCUUUGUAAGCCCCAGCUAGUAGGCCCUAUGGGACACAUGAACUAGUCCAAUGCAACCCUCAAAGCCCAGAUGACAUACCCUCCUUUGCACUAAGAUUUCUUUGACGGUUUGUCCUACUUGAAAUCCAUGGGCAUCCACGGCCUGAAUUCGGUGGAUGGAUCAGAAACCAGAAUAACAGUAUCCAUUAGCAGUGAGAUAGCAGGAAUGCUGAUUCCUGUUUUAGAAGCGGUCCACAUCAUGUAUAGGACAUGUGCCGAGACGGAAUCCAUGAAGAUUGCAAGGCUGGACACACCAUGAUUUUAAUUUGUUAAUGAAAUUGCAUGAUUAGGACCUAUAUAUAUUGACACAUAUAAGGGCUUUCUUUGGUUGUUAUGUUUUGUAUUAACACUUAAGCACUUUUGUCCUGGUGCCAGAAACCUUGGGGUAUCAUUGUUGGUUCCUGUUAGAAGAAAAAAUAAUUGCAUGUGUAGAAAACCUUCUCAGGCCAUGAAACCUCCUCCUCAACCAACUGAAUACUUCUGAUGCGUGGCUAUGUUCCUUGGAUGGACUCGGGAACUCUGGAGAGGGAUUGAAAGAGUGACCAGAUGAUGAGUCUGUUUAAGUAGUACUAGUUCGAGGAGAAACAUUGACCAUCACACCCAGAGAACAGCCUCCUCUUCUUCAUUUAGCACCAAGGGAUCUAUCCCAUUUGUCUGAUUAGCGGGAGUGUUAUAGAGCCAUAGAGUUAUAAAGUGCAAAAACAGACCCAGUAUACCUUACCUGCAUGCACACCAUCUCCACGCCCUCAAUUCCUCUUCUGUGCCAGUUCCUCAUAGCCCUCAAUUCUUCAGUCUUUCAAAUAUUUGUCUAUCUCCACCUUAGACUCUUGAAUGGUCCCCUUGUUCGAUAAAGACGAACUCUUGAUCUCUUAAUCGACCUCGUCAUGGCCCUUGCACUUUAUUUGUUUGCCUGCGCUGCACUUUCUCUGUAACUGUAACAAUAUAUUCUGCAUUCUGUUAUUGCUUUUCCCUUUGUACUACCUCGAUGUACUUACGUUUGGAAUGAUCUGUAUGGAUGUCUUGCAAAACAAAGUUUUUCACUGUGUCUCAGAGCAUGUGACAAUAAUGAACUAAUUACUAAGUACUUAAAUACAUCUAAUUAUCUGACCUUCACCACCCUGGGGGUGGGGGGCGGUUGGUGGUGGAGAAUUCCACAGAUUCACUACUCUCUGCCAGAAGAAAUUUCUGUGCACCUCAGUUUUAA